AUGAAGGAGGUGCACGCGGAGCAGGCCUCGUCGGCGGCAGCUCCGGCCCCGCAUUCGCCCGUUGGGCCCUCGUACGACGCACCCGAGCCCGCCUACAAGGAAGGCGAAGAAGACGUCCACGGCGCUCCGGAGCCCUCCUACGGAGCCCCUGAGCCGGCCUAUGGGGCACCUGAGCCAGCCUAUGGCGCCCCUGAGCCAGCCUAUGGCGCCCCUGAGCCAGCCUAUGGUGCCCCUGAGCCAGCCUAUGGUGCCCCUGAGCCAGCCUAUGGUGCCCCUGAGCCAGCCUAUGGCGCCCCUGAGCCAGCCUAUGGCGCCCCUGAGCCAGCCUAUGGGGCCCCCGAGCCAUCGUACAAGGCGCCUGAGCCAUCCUAUGGUGCCCCGGAACCUCCUUACAAGGCCCCUGAGCCAUCUUAUGGAGCGCCCGAGCCCGCAUACAAGGCGCCUGAGCCGAGUUACGGAGCUCCCGAACCUUCUUACAAAGCGCCUGAGCCAUCAUACGGAGCCCCCGAACCUGCUUACAAGGCCCCUGAACCAUCCUACGGAGCCCCUGAACCUGCUUACAAGGCCCCUGAGCCGUCUUAUGGAGCUCCCGAGCCCGCUUACAAGGCCCCUGAACCAGUCUAUGGUACCCCGGAACCUUCUUACAAGGCCCCUGAACCAUCCUAUGGAGCCCCCGAGCCCGCGCACAAGGCACCUGAGCCGGCCUACGGAGCUCCCGAACCUUCUUACAAAGCUCCUGAGCCAUCCUAUGGAGCCCCGCAGCCUUCAUACAAGGCACCUGAACCUGCUUAUGGAGCCCCUGAGCCUUCCCUUGAGGAUCCUGAGCCCUCUUACAAAGCACCUGAGCCGUCCUAUGGGUCGCCCGAACCUUCCUACAAAGCCCCUGAACCAGCCUAUGGAGCUCCCGAGCCUUCUUAUAAACCCACUGAGGCUUCGUAUGAAGCCCCUGAGCCCGCUUACAAAGGACCAGAACCUUCUUAUCGCGCACCUCAAGCCUCUUACGGUGCCGCUGGACCCUCUUAUAAGGCCCCCGAGCCCACUUACGGCGCCCCUGGACCUUCCUACAAAGGUCCCGAAGCAUCCUACGGAGCCCCUGGACCUUCUUACAAGGCUCCUGGGCCCUCUUACCCCGCACCGAAGCCUGCCUACGGGCCCAAGCCCUCCUUCGCGCCUUCUCCUUAUCGCCCUUCUGCUGGCUACGCCAGCCUAGCUCCCAAGAGCCCUCAGCCCAGCUAUCGGCCGGCCGGUUACAAAGCCCCCGCCCCCUCCUACAGGCCCGCCCCCUACAAAGCUUCCGUUUCUUCCUACAAGCCUGAGCCUUAUCGCGCUCCUCUGACUCCCUACAAACCGGCUCCGAAGAGCCCAGUGGCGUCCCACUCGUCGUCCUACAAGGGCCCGAAGCCCUCUUACGAGCCGUCUUACGAGACCCCCUACGUUAGGUCGCCGGUCUCCUACACCUACGACUACGCGGUGGAGGACGGCCACAGCGGCAACGCCUACUCCAAGCAGGAGAACCGCGACGGCUACAACACGCGCGGCUCGUACCAGGUGGCGCUGCCGGACGGCCGCGUGCAGACGGUGCGCUACAGCGCCGACGACGCUGGCUUCGUCGCUGAGGUGGCGUACGAGGGCGAGGCGCAGUAUCCGCCUGAGGCUGAGCACAAGGGCGCCGGGAUCUGGGCCAAGACCAAGGACAUCGGCGGCCAACACACCACGUCCGAUUUCAUGAACUCCGUCAUUCACUCGCUGGACUUCAAGUGA